GGGGGUGUGAUCGUAAUUUACCUGCCCAGCGUUACCUGGCGCUCUUGUUGUGCAUGUCGGUCGUCGAACUUCAUCUGCCGUAGGACGUGAAACCCUGGCCUCACUCAGGACUAAAACGGAGAAGGCGUUAAAGGAUGCUAAGAGGAUCCUGAAUCGUGGCCCCAACAUGAGUGUGACGUCAUGGUUCCUGGUCAGCAGCUCUGGCACACGCCACCGGUUGCCACGCGAGAUGAUCUUUGUUGGCCGGGAUGAUUGCGAGCUAAUGCUGCAGUCUCGCAGUGUGGACAAACAGCACGCUGUGAUCAACUACGACACAAACACAGACGAGCACAUGGUGAAGGACCUGGGCAGCUUGAAUGGGACAUUUGUGAAUGACCUGAGAAUCCCAGACCAGACGUACAUCACCCUCAAACUCUCUGACGUCAUUCGCUUUGGCUAUGAUGCUCAUGUGUAUAUCCUGGAGAGGAGUCAACACAAGGUCCCAGAGGAAGCACUUAAACAUGAGAAAUACACCAGCCAGUUGCAGUUAAGUAUAAAAGCCCUGGAGGCCAAGGUGAAGGAAAAGCAGCAGCUCCAGAGCUCAGAGAAGAGCAAAGGCUCUACUUCCAACGUCAAACUGCAGGACAGGACAGAGCGAAGAGCCCAGUCUCUCACAGCUGCCACAGAUUCUCCGAUAUCCAAGCCUACUCCUCUCUAUGGCCAACCGUCCUGGUGGGGUGAGGAUGAGGAUCCAGCCAAUAAAACGCAGAAAAGAGGUGGAAAAUCGCCAAUCGAGUCUCCAGAGUCCGCUAAAGACGUGUCCAGAUAUGAGGUCAACGGUUCUCUGUCUGACAGUCAGGCCAAGCCCACCUUCUCCUACCGCCGGGAGCCCAGCUACUUUGAGAUCCCAACAAAGGAAUCCCAGGCACGACCUGCCAAGAAACCUGAGACACAGGUUCAGGAGGUUCCGACAAAGGACACUCCAGAUUCCACUCAGUGUGUUUCCUCCACCCCCACACCUCCCGUAGUGCAAAGCCAUGCCUCCUUCACCAUCGAAUUUGAUGAAUGCACACCAGGUAAAAUGAAGAUCAAGGACCAUGUGACCAAGUUUUCUUUCCGCCAGCGCAAGCAACCUUCCACAGACACUGUCACUGCACCCACUGAGGUGAUGUCAGCAGAAAGCAAAGUCGCUGAUUGGCUGGUCCAAAGCAAUGCUACCAUGUUGAGGAGGAGGUCACAUGCUGAAGACAUGUAUAGCACAAACAGUGACCCUUCUCUUCUGAAGUUCACCAAGGCAAACCAUUGUGACGAUGGCACUCACAGUGAUUCAGGUGAUCUUGCAAUCAAUGGAAAUGAUUUCCUCCAAUCAGAACCUCAGAUUGGGUCCCAGAUGUGUCCACAAUCCCUGAGAGCCUCCCCACCACAGCGCUUCACCACCCCUGACUCUGAGGAGCCUUUGUCCUACUCUCCACCAGAGUCUCAGUCCUUGUCAAGCGUUGGCAAGGCUGAGCCUCACCAGGCCUUUGUCAUUGAAUUCUUUGACGAUAAUUCUAGAAAGAAGCGCUCGCAGUCCUUCACCAAUAACGCAUCCCCACCUGAGCCCUCAGGCCUCAGGGUGCAGCUAGAGAAGGCAAGAAAGAGCUCAAGCCCCACUGGGGAGAGACAAGUCCCGUCUCCAGCCUCCACCACUCCCCCAACCCAACGAUACACCAUCCCCCUGAAGGGCCCUGCUUCCACAGGCCCCCAGAGAGCUGGCUCACUACGAAGGGAGAAGACAGAGGAUCGGAUCAGCACCAGCUUUUCAUCUCGCUCUUCAUCAACUGUGUGUGCGAGGCCCUUUAGCAGUGUGGGCCGGAGAUCCAAACUUGCCCAGGAAUUUACUGCUGAAUUCCUCAAACAAGCAAAGCAGUCGUCUUCUGCCAGCUGGGAGAAAAAUACAGCUAGUCCACCUUCAGCAGCUAAAAAAGAGGCAGUAGUAGUAUCCAAGACUAGUCCCCCACCAUCUAACACUACAUACCAGCCACAGACUUCCUCUCCUAUUCAUCAGCCUGUUCCCCUCCAAGUCCCUGUGGUGCCCCUGAUGUCUCAGAGCAUGGAAGUCAAGAGCCCGCAUGUCGGCCCCAAAAAUGAAGAGGAAGACAGUCUGAGCGACGCAGGAACCUACACCAUUGAAACAGAUACUCCUGACAGAGAGCUCGAAGAGGCACGGAACAAGAUUGACCAGGUGUUCGGCGUUUUCGAGAGCCCACAGCGAACCAACGAGAGUGAAGCAGAAACGUCAUCAGCAUUUAGGCCUGUAAUUGUUCAGAGCAGGGAGCAGCAUAGGCAGAGUAGCUGUGGGGAGGUUCAGCCAGCAGGUGCAGUGUUACAGGGUGCUCCUAAGUGGAUGUCUUGCUGGGCCAGCUUGGCAGACAGCUACAUAGAAUCUGGCCCUUCGUCUGGCCUCUUUGACAUUCCUUCCCAGAUGGAGCUGUCGGGAGGGGCACGAGGCACAAUCAUCCACAAGAACACACUCAGCCGACACCACGACAGCGCAGACUCCGAUGGUUCAAGAGCACGGCACGUUCUGGCCCAGGUACCACUGGAGGAGAAGAAUGACAUUCAGACCCCCAGCAUUCACGUUCAUUAUGACCUGCAUUCAACAUUUAAUGUAGAGGAAAAUAGCUUGGUGGACCCCAGGUCUCAGGAUGGUCUUCACAGGUUAUCGGUACAGGACGACGUAGAGCCUGACAGCCUGAGUGACGCUAGCAAGUCAGAUGAUGGUUCCGUUGUAGAGCAAAGGAGGAGACCGCUGUCAGACACAGAGGAGAAGAAGAAAAAGGAGGACAAACUCAGAUUCCCAUCCAACACUACAUCAUUCUACAUCGGCUCAGAGGGGGCUGCGUCCAAACCUGAGCAUGGUGGGUCAAAACCCAGCACUCCCAAAACUGAAAGAAGACAGACAACCAAAAAUUUCUCGACGGCCACCCUGACCAAACCGAGAAGUAACCAGGACUCUGGAAAAGUCAAGCCCAGUAUGUCUGCUCCUAUCCUGGGCCAGGUGACAAAGAGUCCAGAGUCCAGAGAGGGAACAGUAUCCACAUUAAUCAGACAAGAGAGCUUCACCAAGGAGCGGCCUAGCAAUGCCAGAUUGCCCAACAUCUCGAGCCAGCCUGUUCAGAGACACCCAGACCCUGAGUCAUUCCAGGGAGCCUACAAUCAGGACACUCAUUCUUACCUAAAAGAGACAGAGGAUGUUCUAGCUGUUCUGGAGGCCAAACUCCAAGCAGAGCAAUCAGACACAACACCACCUCCAGUAGUGGACUCUCUUUCUGCUGAGUCUGAUGUGGAUACCUCUAGCACAGUAAGCCACCAUAGCAGUAAGACCAGGCCAAACACGCUGACUAAAAAAUCUUCCGUUAGUGGCCUCCAUAGAGAGAGGUCUUCAGCCAGUAUAGCUAGUCAGGACUCAGUUCACCUGUCCAGUACAUCAGAAAAGUGGCGCUCUCAGGGAGCAGACAUCAACAGUAGGACUGAAUCUAUCAGAAGGCCGGUUGGACUGAGACGCAGUGUUGGGAAACGUGGCUCCACAGACCUGAGUGACGACCCUCAGAGCUUACCAUACUCUGAUCAGGAGUCAAACAACCACCAAACGCGCAAAAAAUACACAGUUCCCCUUCAGAAGGAGGACGGCAAGACCUCCAGAGUGUCCCAGGCCUUGAGUCGUACCAACAGCUUGUCAGCCCCUAGACCCACCAGAGCGUCCAUGCUCCGCCGGGCUCGCCUGGGAGAAGCUUCAGACAAUGAGGGCACGGAGACAGACAGGCUGUUCCAGGAGGCCACCAGUGCUCCACCUAAGCAACCUCAGGAAACCAAGAAACUCUCCAGGCUGGAUAUGCUGGCGAUGCCUCGUAAGCGGACAAGCUCCUUCAACACACCCAGCGACACUGAGGCUUCCUCCACCCCGCAGUGGACGGGCAGGAGCACAGGAUUCUCCAACCGCAGCACCGAGUCUGGCAGCAGCUCAGUUCGAAGGGCCUCUGCUCCGGGGCCAAAGCCUGUAGAAAGGCCGCAGAAAGCAGCGCUCAACAAGACGCCAGUCACUCGUGGACGUUCGGGCAGUGCCAAAUACGCCAGCAGCACCGCAAGCUCCAGGAGACGGCAGAAGGGCUCUGACUAUACCUCUACCUCAGAUGAGGAGUACGACUCAAACCAGAGCACUCCUAAACACAAACGCUCCCAACCUUCCUCAGCUUCCCACAGCCCACGUAAUCGGCCUCAGCCUCAGCCGGUGGUCGCCCUGCGUCCGAAACCCCGCAGCAGAGAUUCUGAGGAGGAGAAUCAUGAGGGAGAAACCCUCCACAAUUGGUCUAACCACAGUGCUGAGAUUGCGCGCUUGAGUCAAGACCUGGCUAAAGACCUAGCUAUCUUGGCCAGAGAGAUCCAUGACGUGGCAGGUGAUGGCGACUCACAAAACCCUGCAGUGGAGGGCAGUGCACCCGUCUCCAUGGUGACCGCUCACGAACAGCUGGUUCAUCGUAUUCCAGAGGCUGGAUUAAACUACCAGAGAGUCCCACCAAGUUCCACAUCUACAAGGGAACCUGACCAGAGCACAAGUGACCAUGAGCAGACCUCCAGGCGGCAAGAUCAGAGCAGAGACGAGGUCGUUGUGGACAAUCUGAUGCUCAAUCCUGUGUCUCAGGUCAUCAUGGCCAUCAGAGAAAACACUGAGCAACUUGCUGACAAAAUUAAGGUACUGUUCCAGGACAGGAUGGAUAUCUGGCAGGAAAUCGAGGUUAAUUCUGACAGUGAUGUUCCUGUUGUCAAAACCAACAACAAGGAAAUUACGUCUAUCUUGAAAGAACUGAGGAGAGUUCAACGACAACUUGAGGUCAUUAACACAGUCAUGGAGCCCAGUGGGCAGCCUGAAGCAUUCAAGUCCUCAGCCUCUGUGGUCUCCUCCUCAUCUGGAGCUCGGUCCUCCAGACCUCCCGCCUCCCGAGACUUUAGAACAGUCCACUCUGCCUCCAAGCGUGGCGGCGGCCCGAGGCCCGGCGAGAGUAUCAGGAGAGCAGCUGUGACACCAGACGAUCUCAGAGAGGGAUAUUUGGUCUGAGGUGUGACACACAGGCUCCACCGGUGCUGCACUGUAACCCUACAAACCCAGAUGGCGCACCAUUGUGCGCACGAUGAAACCAACAAAGGGGGAAGUGAUACACAGAACUGGAGUUUCCUAUACACCCAAACAUAAACACUACUGCACUAUGAGCACUACACACCUACACAGUGGUGUAAUUCAAGUGACGCCUGCACUAAACGCCCUUAAAAUCCGCUCAGAGGGAGGCCUAAAUGUGAGAUGAUGAUUUAGGGAAGUACUAAAGUGCUAAAUAAAUCUCCCGUUCACCUGUGACAGGCCUCAGAUCUAUACUUGAUUCUGUGUGUUAAGAGGUUGACCUCUUCAUUUGCCAAUGAUAUAACCAACAUUGCUGAUUGUAACAGCUCAUUGUAAUUACUUGGUUUAUUUGAAAACCAGCCUGAGCAUAACCAUCUCAGGGAAAUCUACUCAUAAGUAAGAUUUGUAUGUUUAUGACAUGACAUGAUUUGUAUGACAAACCACAUGUUUGAGGAUAUAUUAAUUCAUUGCUAUUUGUUUUUGGUAGAAGGAACUGCAGUAACACCUUGCAGAUCUUGGUGUUCUGUGUACUUGUAUCCUCAGUAAACCCAUUGCAUUUCCUUAUAUAUUUUUUCCCAUGUUUUGUGGACCAGAUUUAUCGAAGAAUGUAAAAAGUAUUUAUUAGCAGUCUUUUGUUGAGACACUGUAACCAAGACAGCAUGACUUUGGGAGACAUAGACUCUAGUGCCAGACCAAUUAAUGUUUUAUUACACAACCAGCCAGUUUCUUUUGUAUGUAUUCUGCUGACAUUUCCCAGUGGAGCGACUCUCUGUAGAUGGACACUAUAUUUUGUCCAAGUGGAGAUGAAAAUCUCUCAGGAAUGGUCCGAAUGGUAGGAGGGAGCCAGUCCAUAGUCACCAGUCACCUGGCAACCACAAGCUCAAGUGGCAAUAAAACAAGAGUUUUCAAGCAUUCCUGUCCUCCUACAUUCUGAAAAGUGCUUUCAUUCAUUACAGCUGGAGGCUUGAAACUGUGUUUUUAGUUUUCUAUGUCUGAAGAGCACAGUGAGCUCUGAGGUUUGGGCCAAAGACAAUCAUAAAAUGACUGACAGCCAUCUAAUCCUCCUUAUGCUCGAGCUAUCAGAGCACUGUGUAAGAGUUGAUAUUUCCUCAGUGUCUCGAGUCACAUGGUCACUCCUGAUCAGGAGAGAAAUGUCACUUUAGCGUUUAAGUUGACAAAGUCGAAGGUGUGAAACUGAGUCUGAUUAUUAGUUUGUGACAUUGUGUAAAAAUAGAUCUGUGUGUCCUACAAAUUACCUCUUUAUCUUGUCUUUUGCACUAUUGUAGUACGACAUUAUCCCCUCGACCUGAUAUGCUGCAAACUGAAAGCUUUUACUCUCCUGCUAAAGAUUGUCAACCUUUGACUGUUGUUGAUUGCAGCAGGAACGAAGGCGAGCCAGUACACCAGCGAGUUUCUCUCUUGCCAGUGCAGACUGUACAUGUGAUUGUAAUUGGGAAGUGUCUGUAAGUGCCACAGAGCUGUGUGGGAUGAUGAUGAUAAUGAGUCAGUGGUUGUUUACAAACUCAAACAAAGAUUGAAUGUCUUUUUGACUCCUCUUGCUCAAAGUGUUGCUGCUAUUCUAUGGGAUAGUUUUCCCUGUGACUUUAUUCCAUCCAAGUCCAAGUUUCAGCUGGUUUGAGAGCUGAAAUGUAAUUCUUGGUUGUCAAAUGUCCCUUUUUUGAUAUUCAAUUUAUGUUUCCUUUCAACCCGAAUGAUUUUGAUGUAAUCUUAUUGUCACACUAGCUGGUAUUUAUGUUCAGUCGUUUGUGUAAUUUGUUAGCUGAUGAUUUCAGGUUUAUAUGUCAAAUAAAUAUGAUUAGCAGAGUUGUUUCGUGACCUCUA